UCUACCACACUUGAGGACAUGAAGUUCACAAUGAUCGUCGUUGGCCUGCUUGGGCUCUUCAUAGCUCCUGGUUUUGCUAACUAUAAUAACUACGUCAAUGAUGACCACAACGUGGCUGUAAGCGGGCAGCAGUCAGUGAGCAUCAACAACCAACACAACGUGGCCAAUGUGGAUAAUAACAACGGCUGGGACUCCUGGAAUGCCCUCUGGGACUAUGAAAAUAGCUUUGCCGCAACCAGACUGUUCUCCAAGAAGUCAUGCAUUGUGCACAAAAUGAACAGGGAUGUCAUGCCCUCCCUUCAAGACCUUGAUGUAUUAGUCAAGGAGGAAAAGGGUAAAGAGCCUGGAGGACCACCCCGCAAGGAGUUGACGUACUCCAUCAACCCUACCAAAGUGGAAGACCUGAAUCAGUUUGGAACAAAGAUUGCUGGCAUGUGCCAGGGGAUCCCAACCUAUGUGGCUGAGGAGGUUCCAGAACCAAACCAGCCUCUUUACUCAAAAAAGUGCUACACAGCCAACAUUCUCUGGAUUCUGAGGAUGUCCUUCUGUGGGACAUCAGUGGAAACAUUUUAG